CGCCUCAAAUCCCCUACUAGCCUCAGGGUGCAGGGAGGCGGCAGCCUGGGGAGUUGUCUGUGCUACUUGUGCUUCUGGUGUUGGAGUCCAACACACCCUUGGGGACCCUAACCUGAGGAGCUAGUGCCUGCCCUGGUCCUACUGUGCUGCCCAGGGACCUGGCCUAAGCCAGAGGGAACCUCAGAGGCUUGCAGGAUCUGGAUGUGGCCACUGGGGGCAGCAAGGCCCUGGUUAUAAGUACCAAGGUGGGGGUUGGGGUCAAGGUGGGUCGGCUGUAUCCCCAGACACGUGUUCUAAUUUAGGAGCCAGGAAACACCCAACAUUCCCGGGGAGUGAGCCUUGGCAGUGGCUCCUGGCUGGGCCUCUGCCCUGAUCCACAGACAGCCCCCCGGGUGCCUGUGUCCUGGUGCUCAUGGCGGGCUGCACUGGUCACACUUCCCCCAGGCGAGGGGCCCUGCUAGGUGCAGACUGCAGCCUCUUCAGAGUUCUGCCCGCACCAGCUGGUGUUUAUUUGCCAGGGGCUGAUAUUCUUGAGGGAUGCUCUAUUUCACCAUGGCCAGGAAAACAACAGCUUGUGGGGCCAGAGGUCCUGGUUUCCCAGGGCCGCCAGCAGCCUGGCCAGGCCUUUCCUGGGUGGGAGGGGCAGUGUUCCCACCGUUGCACCAGGGCUUCCUGCCAUCUUCCUGGUCAGCAGUCACCUGGAGUAGCCUCAGCUCAUCUCCCCCCAUGUGGCCUCGGCAGGUACCACCCCUUUGAACCCGACCCCUCAGGAGAUCUCAAGGAGUCUGAGCCCUGCCUGCCCAAAAGUGGCAGCCUCGCCUCUCCCACCUGGCACCACUCGCCAGCUCUUGGGCAGAAGUGUCCUCCUUUCCCGCCAGCGAGGGCCUUUCAGAGCCAUGCCCAUAGAGUCGGCUCCCUGAAUCCUCCUCACCCCAAGGUGCGGCCGCCCCUGCUGAGCAGGCCAGGUUGCAGGUGCCCUGGGCCUGGAUUCUGCCUUCCUGCCUCUUCACUCCCCUUUGCCCGGGCACAGACAGACCCUUCUGCCCUGCCCAGCCGUCGUUCUCCAUCAAAGGCCCCCCCGCAGCCCACCUCCUCCCCAUCCUUGGUCUGGUGGGACCCACUAAGUCUCGUUCCCUGGAGCCUUCGCCCCACCCUCUCCUUGGGCCUCCUCCCUCCUCCCCGCCCCCACUCUCUGCACUAACAUGCUCAGUGCCGCUGGAAGAAUUGUGGGGCAAACAACUGCUUGGAGAGCCGGGUGAGGGGGACAGCUGGAGAUGCCGGGAGGAGGCUGUGGAGACCCCCAGGAAAAGCCACUGGUGACCUGGGGCUCAGGACCCAGGAGCAUGGGGCUUGAGGCAGCCAGACCCGCCAGGCCAUUGCUGUUGUCCUCAGCGCGGCUCUGCUGACCGGCAUCCCUUUCUACUGGUGGCUGGAUGUGUGGAGGGAUGUGGACCUGCCCAGCGUGUUGGACGAGGUCCUCAAGUGGGCUCACUGCCUCAUCGUCUACUUCAUCCCUUGUGGCAUCUUCCUGGUCACCAACUCAGCCAUCAUCUUCCAACUGCGAAAGAGGGGCUGGAGCGGGCUGAGGCCGAGGGUGGGCAAGAGCACGGCCCUCCUCCUGGGCGUCACCUCGCUCUUCACCCUCCUUUGGGCCCCACGGAUCUUUGUCAUGCUCUACCACCUGUACGUGGCCCCGGUCCACCGGGACUGGAGGGUGCACCUGGCCUUGGAUGUGGCCAACAUGGUGGCCAUGCUCAACACAGUGGUCAACUUCGGCCUCUACUGCUUCGUCAGCAAGACUUUCCGGGCCACUGUCCAACAGGUGCUCCACGGUGUGCCCCUGCCCUGCAUCUGGAGGUCACGGCUGGAAGGGACUGUGGUGGACCCUGUGCUGCUGAAGCCCUUAGGACUCCCCAGAGGGGUAGAACUGUAGAGGAGGGCCCAGCCAGGGAGUUUGUGGGGCUCAGGGCUACAUGUCCUGGAGCCCUUGUGAUUGUGCCCAACAAAUCAUGGGCCCCCUGCUUUGUAAUCGAGCCAGGGAGAGGCUCCUCCUUCAGGGCUGGCUCCCAGGUAGAGAGAAGAAUAGCUCUGCCAGCUCUUGGUUAGCUUCCCUGCACUUCCCAUUGCCUGGGACAAGGACAGGGCUCUGCAGGCGCAGGUUGGUGGUAGCCGCUGCUGUGGGGGUUCUGUGAAAGGCAUUUGGCCGGCACAGGAUCGGUGCUAAUGUUGGUUGAAUGGAUGAAUGAUGACGGACAGACAUGAACCAUCUUCAGCCCAGCCCCUUUCCUGGUGCCUGCCUCUCAGUCCCUGAAUUACCAUUGUCUCUGGCUUCCAGGGACAGUGCUGGGGUUUGAAAAGGAAGCUGUCUGUGAGUGUCCAGCCUUUUGUGGCCUGGACGAGCCAAGUGUAUUUGGCCUAGCAGUGGGAGGGGGGUGCUAGGCAGACCCGAGUCCCCAGGGUGUGCCAGAGGGGGUGGUCCUAGGACAGACCGCCCACCCCAGGCUGCCUCAGGGAUCCCAGGAAGACAUAAUUCCCUAGGUCUCAAACAUCCCGGUCUGACCUUGCAUCACCCCCUGCCUGGAGCCAGUACAGGUCUGGGGCCCAGAAGAGGCUCCAGGGCUGCAGUUGUUGUCACUGAAGAGAAAGGAAGUAGCCUCUCAGCUCAGGACCUGAGGGAGGACUUAGCUGAGGGACACCCGCCCCCCCAGCCUCCAAGCCUCCUAGGAGCCCUCUAAGUCCAUCCCCCAGGAGGAAGUUCUUUCCCUUCCCGCUGGGGGUAAAUGGGUGUGGAGGUGGGAG